GGAGGCUUGUACUUGCUGGCCGGGGGUGUGUGUGUUUGUGUGAAUCGCGCCGCCUCAGCAGAAAUUCGCCUCCCUCGCAGGAGCUCGUCGGUGCCGAAAGUCAUCGCGCCUCGCGGCAGGGGUCUCGCCCAAGUAGCACAAAAUGGCGAGCAGCCGAGACAAUGCAGCGGAGCAGCUGAAGCGCUGGCAAGAAUUACGGGGCUCGCAGAAACCGGAUGCCUUGACCACAGGAGCUGGUGUCCCAGUGGGAGACAAGUUAAAUGUCAUGACGGUGGGUCCGCGAGGCCCCCUUUUGGUUCAGGAUGUGGUUUUCACAGAUGAGAUGGCACACUUUGACCGAGAGAGGAUUCCUGAGAGAGUUGUGCAUGCCAAAGGAGCAGGAGCUUUUGGCUAUUUUGAAGUGACUCAUGAUAUCACCAAAUAUUGCAAAGCAAAGGUAUUUGAGCAUAUUGGCAAAAGAACUCCAAUCGCUAUUCGAUUCUCUACUGUUGCUGGAGAAUCGGGGUCAGCCGAUACAGUCCGUGACCCUCGAGGCUUUGCAAUGAAAUUCUAUACAGAAGAUGGUAACUGGGACCUUGUGGGAAACAACACCCCCAUUUUCUUUAUUAGAGAUGCAAUGCUGUUCCCAUCCUUUAUCCAUUCCCAAAAGAGGAAUCCACAAACUCAUCUGAAAGAUGCAGACAUGGUGUGGGACUUCUGGAGUCUUCGCCCUGAGUCUCUGCACCAGGUGUCAUUCCUGUUCAGUGACCGUGGCAUUCCAGAUGGACAUCGUCAUAUGAAUGGCUAUGGAUCACAUACUUUUAAGCUAGUCAAUGCUGGUGGAAAAUCGGUAUACUGUAAAUUUCAUGCUAAGACUGAUCAAGGAAUCAAAAACCUUACUGUUGAAGAAGCAGGAAGACUGGCCUCUGAAGAUCCCGACUAUGCCCUGCGCGAUCUUUACAAUGCUAUUGCUAAUGCAAACUAUCCUUCUUGGAGUUUCUAUAUCCAGGUUAUGACAUUUGAACAGGCUGAGAAAUAUCCAUUCAAUCCUUUUGACGUAACCAAGAUUUGGUCUCACAAAGACUAUCCUCUUAUCCCAGUGGGGAAGAUUGUCUUAAACAGAAACCCUGUCAACUAUUUUGCUGAGGUGGAACAAAUUGCCUUUGCUCCAAGCAACAUGCCUCCGGGAAUUGAACCUAGCCCUGAUAAAAUGUUACAGGGGCGUCUUUUCUCGUAUGCAGAUACUCACAGACAUCGUCUGGGACCCAACUUCCUUCAAAUCCCUGUAAACUGUCCUUACCGAGCUCGAAUUGCCAACUACCAGAGAGAUGGAUUUAUGUGCAUUUCUGACAACCAAGGUGGUGCUCCAAAUUAUUACCCCAACAGUUUUACUGGCCCUGAAGACCAGCCCAGUGUGAAGGAGAGCCGUGUGCUUCUUUCUGGUGAUGUGCAACGCUUCAAUAGUGCAAAUGAGGACAAUGUGUCUCAAGUACGAGACUUCUAUACUAAAGUGCUGAAUGAGGAAGAACGCGAGAGGCUUUGCGAGAACAUUGCUGGCCAUCUUAAAGAUGCUCAGCUUUUCAUUCAGAAGAAGGCUGUGAAAAACUUUACUGAUGUUCAUCCUGAUUAUGGUGCCCGCAUCCAAGCCCACCUGGACAGGUACACUGCUAAAGGGGGCAACAAGGAUUCUGUUCAUACCUACACCCAAGCUUCUCAUGUUGCUGCAAAGGAAAGAUCUAAUUUGUAGAAAGUAUGACCUAUGGUCCCACUGAUCACUGCAUUUGAAUCCGUCCAACUGGAAAAUAAGCCUUAAUCCUGCAAAUAUUCAUGUUUUUAUGGAAAUCUCCUUUGUUGUGGCAGUUGCAAGGCAGAACCUUUGAAGUUUGCAUUUGUGAUUAAAAACUAAUUGAAUUAUAAUCUUAUGAUUUGUAAAACAUUCUGUCUAGACUGUUAAAAUUGAUUUGUACUAGCGAUCACUUUUCAGUGGUAUGACUGAAAUAGAUGGCUACAGUAACUUUUUGUCUACUUUUGCAAAAUUAAUCAACUGGUUUGCCUUAUUUUUGUAUUUGUGCAUUUAUUUACGCAAAAGAACUUGCAUAAUAUUUUGAUGGUAUAUCUUCUACUAACUAUGUUAAAAUCAAUAUAGCAACAGGUGAAUAAAAUUCUUACUCAUAAAGGUAUUAACAUUUUAAAAAGAGCACAUUUUAAUAAACGCUCCCAUUAUACAAGCAGUUUUAUCUUGCAAUGGCGCUAAAAUUUA